ACUCUAUCGCCGCCGAUCUCGACGGAACGCUUCUGAUCUCCGGAAGUUCGUUCCCCUACUUCAUGCUCGUCGCCAUUGAAGCCGGUAGCCUCCUCCGCGGCCUCGUUCUCUUGCUUUCGCUUCCGAUUGUAAUCAUCGCUUACCUCUUCAUCUCCGAGGCCAUCGGAAUCCAGAUCCUCAUCUUCAUCUCCUACGCUGGCCUCAAAGUCCGCGACAUCGAACUCGUCUCCCGCGCCGUGUUGCCUAGGUUCUACGCGGCGGAUGUGAGGGCGGAGAGUUUCGAGGUGUUCGACAAGUGCAAGAGGAAGGUGGUGGUGACGGCGAAUCCGACGAUAAUGGUGGAGCCUUUCGUGAAGGAUUUUCUCGGCGGAGACAAAGUUUUGGGGACGGAAAUCGAAGUGAACCCUAAGACGAAGAAGGCCACCGGAUUCGUGAAGAAGCCGGGAGUGUUGGUCGGAAAAUUGAAGAGAUUGGCUAUCUUGAAGGAAUUCGGCGAGACUUCGCCGGAUCUUGGGAUCGGAGAUCGUGAAUCCGAUCACGAUUUCAUGUCUAUCUGCAAGGAGGGUUAUAUGGUGCCCCGUAGCAAAUCAGCGACGCCGGUUCCAUUAGAUCAACUGAAAAGCAAGAUCAUCUUCCAUGACGGGCGCCUGGUCCAGCGCCCCACCCCUCUCAACGCUCUCAUCACCUUCAUAUGGAUCCCCUUCGGCUUCAUCCUCUCCCUCAUCCGCGUCUACUUCAACCUCGUUCGGUUUCUCGACAGGUUGCCGGAGGAGAUGACGUGCAAGGGGGGAGGGAAGACGGCGAUCGAGGUGGCGAAUAAUGUGCAGAGGAUGCUGGGGAGCGUGCUGGGGUUUGAAUGCACGGCGCUGACAAGGAAGGAUAAGUAUCUGUUGUUGGGAGGGAAUGAUGGGAAGGUGGAAUCUAUGUACAAUGCCAAGAAGUAAGAUAAGAUCUCAUUUCAUUUGAAUCUGAAUCUGAAUCUGAAUCUGAAAUAUUAGAAUUAGUUUUUGGAGGGAUAUAUGUGGAAGUUGAUCAUGUGGGUUUGUUUGUAUUUGUUGGAAUUUUGGUUAAGGAAACACUGAAACUGAUUUGUAGCUGAUGUUUUUGUAGUGAAAUGUUGGUGAAACUGUCUUUUCAGGGUGUGUUUAUGUUGUAAUUUUUUCAUAGCUUAAUUCCUUGACAUGAUCUUGUUUGAAGCUGUA